AUGUGCGAUUGAUUGAUCAGGGAGGAGCGAGUGAUAUAAUGCCUUGCUUGGCGCAAGAGUUCCACCCGAAGCUGCCCGCGGCGAACCACUACUGCAAGUCCUUGUCGUCGCUCAUCCGGGAGACCUACGCGCACUGCCAUGUCCCCUGCGUCGGGAUCGCCGGGUGGAGCUCCGGCGGGGACAGCGACGACGACAGCGUCCUCGACGAAGCGCGAGAUACCAAGCAGGUGAUCCUCAGCGAGAUGAGGAGCCGGCAGAUGAAGAGGCGGUCCAGGUGCAGCGUGGACUCGCCGACGCCGCUGCCCCUGCCGUCGUCGAGCUCCGCUUUCGCCUGGUCGUACUCGUACGCUCCGCUCGGUCCGAGAACCGUUCUCGACGAGCUGUCGAGUCCCAAGACGUGCGUCGUGGUGGAGGGGGCGGCCGUGGCCGACGACGACGAUGGGGACGUCUACUGCGACGCGGACGACGAGAGCGAGGCGUUCUUCUCCGUGAAGAGCUGCUUCACGCGCAGCACGAGCCCGAGCCCGAGCCGGGCGGCGACCGCGGCGUCGUCGCCGCGCAUGAUGACAGGCCCGUCCCCGCCGAUGCUGCGCCGGUCGCCCGAGGCCUGGGAGCGCUUCCGGGACUGCGACGGGUGGCCGUUCGGGCUGUGCCGUCGCCCAGCCGUCCUCCCGCUGCUGCCGCCGCUGCCCAGCACGCCAGCCGACUCGUGGAAGUGGCGCAAGAGCGUCAGUACAGUAGCCUCGCCGCGCAGGCGCAGCCCAACCCCGGCUUACAGACACAAAGCAGCCACUGCUGCUACGCUAGCAGUAAAUGACCGCGCCGCCGCUAGUGGCCUGCGUGCUUGAAUGCGAGAGUUCCAUAGGGAUUCUACAUUUCUACAGGACACGAAACAGUUCAUUUGCUCCGACAAAAUGGUGAAGCUUCCCGCAGGAUUCCUACGCGAAGAUGUGGCAUGCAUGCUUGUUCGAGGCCUUGAUCUUUUGCAAGGAUUUUUCAGGUGCACGUGUUCUCAAAAAUAAACUCUGGUUUACUUUUCA